GUUGAAACGAACGGUUGAAACUGGAAUAUUUAUACAAAUAGUAACGACAUCCGAGACCGAUGUUAUCCUCGUGGAAAACUUGUUGUAAGUGUAUACCGCAACGAUGGAUACUAGCAGUGAUGUCAUGUUUUGCAAUAAUGAAUGGAUACACGAUGAGAACUUGUCUAUCCAUCGCAAUCACGGAGAUGGUCACCACUACGAAUCAAUCAUCGAACCACACCAGUUCAAACGAAGUUUGCCCAGCAUCCGAACUCUCGACAUCUUCGAUUGGAAGUAGUAGCGGUACACACGAAUGGACAGAAUACACACAGGGAAUCAUUCUAUCGAGUUUCUACUGGGGACAUGUAAUCAGUCCAAUUCCGGGUGGAAUGUUGGCCGAUAAAUUUGGAGGAAAGCACGUCUUGGGUCUCGGUGUCUUAUCGACGGCGAUAUUCACUCUGUUGAUACCAGUGGUGGUCGAGGCCUUCGACGCACCAGGACUAAUAGUCCUUCGAAUUCUAAUUGGGAUGGGUGAAGGGACGGCUCUACCCGCUAUGAAUGUCGUUCUAGCUCAUUGGGCUCCACCCGAAGAGAGAAGCAUGAUGGCAGCUUUAUCAAUGGCUGGAAUGAAGGUGGGAACAAUGCUCGGAAAUGGACUCUCAGGAGUUUUGAUACAAAAUUCAUCCAUUGGUUGGCCAAUAGUCUUCUACGUUUUUGGUGGCGUAAGCAUCGUCUGGUUUCUUGUCUGGAUUUUACUCUGCCACAGCAAUCCAGACGACCAUCCGUUCAUUUCUGACGACGAAAAGAAUCGGCUGCGCAAAACGAUUCAUGAACACACGCGCAAGGAUGUUGGACCGAUUCCCUGGAGGCACCUUGUCACCUCGGGACCACUGUGGGCUAUUCUAGUUGCCAAAGUAUGUUGGAUGUGGGGUUACUACGUAACGCUAACGGACCUUCCAAAGUACAUGAGCAGCGUACUAAAGUUCUCUGUACAAGCGAACGGAUUACUCUCUGCUCUACCGUACCUUGUACUUUUCUUCGUCAGUAUUUCUUCAUCCUGGCUCGCGGAUUGGCUGAUAAAAACUGAGAGACUCUCAAGGACUAACGUCCGGAAAAUAUUCGCCUCAUUCGCUUUAGCGACAUCAGCAGUAUGCCUCAUUGCCGCCUCAUACGCAGGCUGUGAUCGUCUCGUCGUCACAAUCCUCUUCACAGCUGGCGUGGGCACAAUGGGUCCUAUAUUCUCCAGCGUGAUGGUCAACGCCCUUGAUCUCAGUCCAAAUUACUCUGGUACCCUGAUGGGGAUCACUAAUGGCAUUGCAUCUUUAGUCGGGAUCGUGGCUCCAUAUGCGGUCGGUGUUCUAACGCCGAAUCAGACGUUCUCCGAGUGGAGAAUCGUAUUCUGGAUCACAUUCGUAGCCAAUUUUGUUGCGAUAUUAAUUUACGAUUUGUGGGCCAGCGGUGAGGUCCAGUACUGGAAUGAUCCUGACUUUAGGAAGGGUCAAAAGACCGCUACUAGAGUCCAACGAGUCAGUACAGAUAAAAUCUGA